GCAUGGCUGAGCAGAAGCCGAGGGGUAGGUGUACAGGGAAGCGGGCAAGUUCGAGCUCCCAACGCCGGGGCCGCCGGGGCCAUGGACGGCCUGCGACAGAGGUUCGAGCGCUUUCUGGAACACAGGAAUCUUGCCACCGAAGCGCUCGGAUGGCUCGAAGCCUGGACCGGUGUCGAGAAACGUUAUCUGGCCGUGGGAGCCGUCACUCUGCUAAGCUUAUACCUUCUGUUCGGCUACGGGGCCUCUCUUCUGUGCAAUCUAAUCGGAUUUGUAUACCCCGCAUAUGCUUCAAUCAAGGCUAUCGAAAGCCCAAGCAAAGAAGACGACACUGUGUGGCUCACAUACUGGGUGGUGUACGCCCUAUUCGGUCUGGCCGAGUUCUUCAGCGAUCUACUCCUGUUCUGGUUCCCUUUCUACUACGCGGGCAAGUGCGCCUUCCUGUUGUUCUGCAUGAGUCCGGGGCAGUGGAACGGAGCCCUAAUGCUGUAUCGCCGCGUCGUUCGACCACUCUUCCUAAAGCAUCACGCAGCCGUGGACAGCGCCCUGAGCUGCCUCAGCAGCAAAGCUCUGGACGCAGCAGCCGGAGUAACCAGGGACGUGCUUCAGGCUCUGGCUCGCGGCCGAGCCCUCGUCACCCCAGCACCGGUGGCACCGGUGGCACCGGUGGAACUGGUGGCGGAGGUGGAGGUGGCGGAGGUAGCGGAGGUAGCGGAGGUGGCAGCGGCGGCAGCGGCAGUGGCGGUGGCGGAAACCCCCACCACUCCGGAAGCCCCCACCACUCUGGAAGCCAGCCCCAAACCAAGCUUGAGUCCCCUACGGAAGGACAAGGACAAAUGAAGCAGUCCCCUAGUCCCAUGGUCAUAGAGAAGGUGCGCACAGACGAUUCCCAGCCCACAGACGCCUCCGCAGACACCCCGGCCGAGAACCAACCUAGAUCCUCCAGUCCAGGCAAGUCCUCUGGGAGUCCCUUACGAACCAC